UAAAAGAUCUUAAAAACCAGAUCAGCCACCCACCAGCUCCGAUGCGAAUCAGAACCGAGUACAAGUAUAAUAGAGAAACAGGGGUCCACAUUGUAUCUAAGAGAGCAUCACAGAAGAGGGACUUCAGCUUCAUUCAGUUAUACGAAUCCGAACGUCGAGCCGUCCAUCCCUAGAGAACCGAGAACACUCUGUUCAGCACGUGCAAUAGCCACUCGAUCCCCAUACAUGUACGAUAAUUGAGAAUUAAACAGACAGCCGCGAUUAUUUCUACGGAGACAUGCCAUAAACUUGAACGGAUGGCUACGAUUCUCCAAAGCAAGUCCCCACAAUAACGUCGUCUGUAACGUGCCGCCGAUACACAUGUAAAAAUUCCAGAAAAUUGAAGCCGAGUUGAUACGCAGCCGAGCCGAUUCGGUGGGCUUUUGGCGCGCAGCCGGGAACGGCAAAAGGGGCCAGUGCCGGUGAUCAGUUGCCGCACGAACCAAUCGACAUGCACCACGUGUCACACUUCACGCCAACGGCGCUCACCACCUGCCACGCGAUGUCUCGAUGACGACGUCAAGUUCUGCACAUGCGAAGCGUCAAUCCGUCGGAAAGAGGCGUCAAAAGGAAAAUGGGUGUGAGGAACAAAUAUUGAGAGAGAGAAAGCAGGCCACUCUGCCGAUGAGUGGCGUCGGGCCGGCAGUAUUUCAACGCCAACGCGUCGUUUCUCUCGCUAAAAAAUAAUACACGUUCGCCAGUUUUCUCUCUUCUGCUUACCUUCCCGGCCGGAAGAGUAAGAACACGGGUGGUUUUCUGGUAGCCAAGAUCUCAACUCUUGGUCACCGAGCAUCAUUUCCGGCCAACCAGCUGGUAUUCCGGCAACAAUGUCCCAUUUUACUUCCAAAAAUAGGAAGCGCACUGAUUUCCCGGCGAAGAGGUCCCAUUUUCCGGCCAAAUUCAGAAACCCGCAUAUGUUACGGCGACGAGGGUCUCACUUUCAGGGGAAGAAAUAGAAACCCCUUAAUUUUCGGGCACCGAAGGUCCCAUUUUCCGGCCAACCUACUGAUUUUUCCGGCUACUAAGGUCCUGUUUUUCUGGCUUCCCAAGUCUGGUUUUUGACACGAAGAACCCAUUCUCUGGCCAAAACUCAGGAACUUGUUGCUUUCCCGGGGGCGAAGUUCCCAUGUUCCGGCCAGAAAAUUACUGACCCUUCCAUUUUCUGGUGAACAAUCCAAAGAGAAUCACCGGCGAAGCAUCUGAUCAGAUUCAGAGCCCCAAUAGAACCCCAAAGUAAACAAGGAAAAUAACAGAAUAAGAGUUUAUAUUUUCCCCUCUCUACGCCCAUAAACCUUACAAAAGUGAAAGAAAGAGCCCAAACUCCUCUUCCAUGGGGGUGGCGCCUCCUCCUACUCCCACAAACGAGGCAGACGCGCAGCCGUUACAAGCAGCUUCGGGUCCGCCAACAGCAGUGGCAAUCGCUUCAAUUAACCAUGCCUCGGCCAACGGUGGCAGCAGCCGCACCAUCACAUCGGCAACGCCUAUCCCAACGGCCAUACUGGCCGCACCGCCGCCACAUACCCUCACCCUGGCGCUGCCCAUCCAGCAGCAGCCUCACACUCGCUCCGGCAGAGAAGACUGUUGGAGUGAGGGUGCCACGGCCACCUUGAUCGAUGCUUGGGGGGAGCGAUACAUCGAACUGAACCGAGGGAAUUUGAAGCAAAAGCAUUGGAAGGAUGUUGCAGCGGCGGUGAGUUGCAGGGAAGAUUGCACAAAAACACCCAAGACCGACGUCCAGUGCAAGAACCGGCUCGACACUCUGAAGAAGAAGUAUAAGAUUGAGAAGGCAAAGAUUCUGAAUGGAGCCACUUCAAGCAAAUGGCCCUUCUUUCACCGUUUAGAUCAACUCAUUGGUCCCUCCAAGAAACACUCUGCCAUUGCUAAUGCUGCUGCCAUUACGAAUGCCCCUUCUCUUAAUACUGGUCCAAUGACGAUGGGGCCCGAGGUUGAGAUCCAACAGCACGGCUCGUCGGAUGGGUCGACGGACAGCUACCCACCGGAGAUCACCGGGAGGAAGCGGAAGGCCCCCGAGGGCAUGUUCCAUAAGACUCCAGAAGGCGGGGCCGCAGCGCUGCGGGAGCUGACGAGGGCGAUCGUGAAGUUUGGGGAGGUUUACGAGAGGGUAGAGGGGUUGAAGCUUCAGCAGAUGGUGGAGAUGGAGAGGCAGAGGAUGGGUUUGGUGAAGGACUUGGAGUUGCAGAGAAUGCAUUUAUUUGCCAAAGCGCAGGUGGAGCUUGAGCAGAUGAAGAGGGGGGGGAGACACAGCAGGGGGACCACCAAUGGCAUGGGGAACCAUCACCAUAGUAACAACAAUAACAACACAGGUUAGUCAGCUUCAGGUCUCUCUCUCUCUCUAAAUUGUAUUUAGAGAGAGAGAGACUGUGGACGGGUUUAGGUUUGUAGUGCCCCAUAAAUUGUAGAGAGGGAAUUAGUUUGUUAGUGUGUCCCUUUGUAGAGAGAGAGAGAGAGAGAGAGAGAGAGGAGAGUGAUCAUUGGGAUCAGGGUUUGAUCAUGUAUGUGUUGUAUGAAUUAAUUUAUGCCCAACCAGAACAUAGAUGUGCUGCUAUCAAAGGGCUCAUAUGCACGUUAGUGUACCCAAAAUUGCCUUUUGUCAUCAGUCUUCCUCUCUGUGCAA